AUGAUCGCCAACUCCCUCCUCGGCGCCCUCGCCCUCGCCGGCACCGCGCUAGCCUUCCCCAUCGAGAACCCCAUCAGCGUCAUGAAGCGCGCCCCCGAGGCCGGCAUCGUCAUCACCAAGUGCGCCAAGCCCGGCGUCAUCGCCCUCGCCUACGAUGACGGCCCUUACACUUACACCAGCGAGCUCAUCGACAUCCUCGACGAGGGCGGUGCCAAGGCCACCUUUUUCUGGACCGGUACCCUCUACGGCUGCAUCUACGGCCAAGCCGAAGCCGUCAAGAAGGCGUAUGCCUCUGGUCAUCAGAUCGCCUCUCACACCUGGACCCAUCCCCAGUCCUUCGGCAACAUGAACGCCCAGCAGCUCACCAGCGAGAUGCAGCAGGUCGAGGAGGCUCUCGCGAACCUUGUCCUCCCCACCAUGCGCCAGCUCGGCUACAAGGUCAUCACCGACGACGUCGACUCUCAGGACUGGAACGGUUGGUCCGCCCAGCAGAGCCAGAACGCCUUCUCGCAGGCCGGCUCCGCCGAAACGGCCAUAUCCCCUCAUGCACGAGACCUACGCCAGCACCGUCCAGCAACUCACCCCUGGCUCAUUAACUGGGCCAAGCAGAACAACCUCGAGAUGGUCACCGUCGCCGAGUGCCUCGACGAUCCCGAUGGCAUGUACCAGCCUGGCAACUUCACUUCCACUGGAAAGAACAGCUGUUAA